AUUUAAUAAGUACACGGAGUGAGUACCUACUAAUUCCAACGUAACCUAUUUACAUAGGUACUCGUGCUGCCCACUGUGAUGGUCACUUCCUUGCCCAAAUGCUUGCCCUGAGUGUAGUGUAAAUGUGGCAUUGAUCUACACAUGGAUUUAGUUGUACGGAGUACCUACCUACUAAUUCCAAUGAAUGUCAAUGUCAAAACUAUUAUUCUAGCUGUCGGUUUUUACGUUUUUACCCAACCUGUGACAGUGAGUGAUCUCAAGCAAGACUCCUAAAACCAAAUCUAAACAAAAUAAAAACAAGGAAAAAAACCCAAAGUGCAUACAGACAGACAUUUUCUGUUAGUUGUGCUACGAGUAUUCUUUGAACAAAUAAAUUAAUGUAUUAUUUUCUAUACUAAGUCCUUUUUGCACGACUUAGUCUGGAAUCAUCAAAUUACCUAUACAACAAGUCUUUGAUCAUCAGCAGUUACUUCUUCGUCCUUGCUCCAAGUUCAAGGUUGCGACUUUGAGAAUUGCUUAAUCGAAAACAUAACGACAGGUAUUUUUAAUUAUUUCAGAUGGUUCACAAAAGUAACGAGAUUUCAAAAAGAAACUUAUAUGACAGAGUCAAAAAGCUAUUAGUUUCUUAUGACUGGAGCGACUGCAGCUUUUCUGUGUCUGGGAAAGAUUUUAAAGCCCAUAAACUCAUUCUGGGUAUAAGCAGUCCUGUGUUUGAAGCCAUGUUUUAUGGACCAUUAUCAACAGAACAAGAUGUCCUUAUAACAGAUAUAGAGCCAGAUAUAUUUCAGUUAGUUCUUAAUUAUAUUUAUACAGAUUAUGUUGAAAUCACAUCAAUAGAACAAGCUUUUGAGUUACUGUAUGCAUCUAGAAAAUAUCUUCUUGAGCAUUUAACAGAGAUGUGCAUUGCCUACAUUCAAGAAAAUAUCAGUGUUGACAAUGUGAUAGAAGUUCUCAACUAUCCAGAGUAUCUGCAAGAUAAACAGUUAAUUUCAUUUUCCUUAAAACUAUUUUGUCAACAUGCAUAUCACCUCAUACAGGAAAACAAAGUUUUCAUAUCUUUGUCAUGUUUGAAAUUAAUAUUAGAAUGUGAGAAAAUAAAUAUUAUGGAAAAAGAUCUCAUUAAACAAGUAUUUGAAUGGACUACAUGUUAUUGUACAUUAAAUGAUAUUACAUGUACAUUUGAAAAUAGAAGACAAAUCCUGAUUGAUAAUGGUAUAUUAAAAUUGUUGAGGAUAUUUACACUCUCAAUGGAUGAUAUUGAGGAAAUUACUAAAGAUGAAAACAAUUUACUGUUGCCUAAUGAAUCAGAUCAUAUCAAAAGAGUGGCUAUGCAGUCUGAAGAUGUGGCCAGUAAUAACUACAAUAAUUUACUAGGCAAGUGUUUGAUACCACGAACUUCAAUAAGCAUGCAGUGGCAUUUUUGCCAUCGCAGUCCAAUAAGGCCUGUUGCACCCAUUGUUAUUGAUUCAAGCAAUAAUGUUGUGACCACACGGUUAAAGUCAAACAAAUCCAUAUUUCUUAAUUCCCUGUAUAUACCUACCAGGAUGGCUCCGGCAGUAACAUUUAGAACUAAUAGCCCUAAGAUUUAUUCUGAGCAACUUUGUAUAUCUAUCAUUUCAGAGUCUGAUAACAAUGUAAUUAAACACACAAAUUUUAUGAACAAUGUGGAGUAUAAUGCAGUUGUUGAUGUAGAACUAAAUGAACCAUGUCUUCUUAAAAAAGAUGAAUGGUAUAAAAUCUGUUUUACUUGGCCUCAAAAUAGAUUUGUGUCAUACUCUUAUGUUGCAGAAUUUAGAGAUACAGUAUAUAAAGGCCAUAAAAUCUGUUUAGAUUUUGAUGAUUCCUCUUCAGUUGGAAGCUGUGGAAGUUUUCUUGGUGGUUUAAAAUACUGUUUGUAGAUGAAUCAAAUGAUAGUAAAAGAGUUUAAAUUUUAUCAAAAUCUGAGCAUUAUCAUAGUUAAAUCUCUAAUCACAUAAGACUCUGUACUACUGGAAUGAUGAAAGAAUAAGAUAAUAAUCAAACGAGAACAUAACAUAGAAUAAAAUUUAAUGGGAUAUUAAGGCAUGAUAGGGUUGAAAUUACAUUGUUGAGUUUUUAUUAAUAAAUCAUGUUUAGUCAUUA